AUCAGUAUAAAACAGCCACAUGUGGAUCAGAAGCUUAGUGCAAACGCUCAGCUUGUCAGCAGCAUGAAGUUCAGUCCCCAGUUCAUCCGUCAGCUCGCUUUCUUAAGCUUCUGCUGUCUCCUGACCAGAGUGAGGGAGUCAGACAGCACGUUUGUCCCAGGAAGAUGUUUGUGUCCAGCGACGCGGCCAGGUGUCAGGGGACAACUGAAAGAGCUCACGGUCUACCCAAAGAGCCCGGGCUGUAGCAAUGUCACAGUCAUAGUCAAACUGGAGAGGAACGAUGAGAGUGUCUGUCUGAAUCCGGAGGGGCCGAUGGGCAAACAGCUCAUUCGAUGCUGGAAUAGAAGCACUAAGCUGAAUCGUGAUGUCAAACUGUGUCUGAAGAGGAAGAGAAGAAGGAAUGGUGGUCGGCGUCAGCGGCCACAACAGAGGAGACGCGUCCGGAGCCAGAAAGCAUCCUCAUCAGACUCACAAUAGUUAAGCAGCUGAAAGUCCAUUCAUGGAGAGGAGCGUCUACAGACUGAUUCUUGCUGCACUGCAGACUGAUGUAACUUCAGUCUAUCAGUGGCUACAAAGAAAGCAACACAUAAGUACAACUCAGUCAACAAAUGUCAAACUCCGACGUACUUCACUGAGUUUUCGCAUGAGGUGUACAGUAAAUCUGUUUGCAGGGCAGCAGUAGGGGGCUUUACUUUUUCUUGUGCAAAUAUGACUGAUUUGUUAAAAACCAAGCCCGGGAGGCUUGUCAUAAAUACUGACAGAUUUUGUAUCUAGGCGUUGUUAAAUGUAUUGUUUAUGUGCACCUAACUGGUUCUGUAUAAGCAGCUGGAAAAGUCACAAAAGACUUGGUUGGUUAUUUAUUUUUAUAUGAAUAUGGGAGUUUCUUAUACAAUGUUUUUUUAAAUAAAUAUAAAAGAACAA